CCUAUUAAAAAAAAUCCGGCCCACAUAUGAGGAGGAGUAUAAGAAAAUAUAAAAUAUAUAAAUAAAUCUACUUUAUCCUAUCAGCUUAAGUUUUUGGAAUAAGUGGUGAAGAAUACAUUUCUAGUCCUUCUAUUUGAAUUUUAAGACCAUGGGAACAUGUUUUUUUAAUUUUUUUGAUGAUAACAGAGGCGAUAGGUACCAAAUUUUGGCCCUCCACUUCAUAUUUUGAUGACUAUGUUAUCCAACCAUUCUACAGAGAAAUUUGUGUAGAGCAGCCAUAGUUGACCGGCCGCUAGUCCUCGGAAGUUAAAAACAAGAUCCCAUGGAAUCGCUGCAUUGCCUCGGCUUUCCCAUUAAUUUAACGCGGGCGACGACUUCUGAUUGACUUGGAAAAGAAGUCGAAUAAUGUUCGGUAAUGAACAAACAUACUGAUACUGAAGCAGAUGAGGCAUCGUUCCUUUGUUAGGUGGUGCCGGAUCAGCUCUCGUCUUCCUUGCACUAAAAGGAUCUUACCAUACUUCCGUCUUCUCUCCAUCCCUCUUCCCUCCAAUUAGUGUUUGCUUGGUUGCAAGGUAGAGAGGGACUCUUCUCUUCUGCCAUAUGGAUGUGCCAUCGAUCCUAUAUAACCAUAGGAGGGUGGUUCAUCCAAGUGAUCUUUGAUAAGUACCUCUCCUCUAAGCUCCAAACAUGGGCAGCCAACUCCGGCAUAGGUGACGACGUCGACAAACUCCGAAUCGCCAUGCUAAGGAUCCAAUCAGUGGUCAACAAUGCAGAGAGGAGCCUAGCCGGUGGCACGCAUGUAUGGAUGAAGGAACUCAGAGAUGUCAGCUAUGAUGCUGAAGACCUGCUUGACGAGUUAGAGUACCGGCGUUUUCAACAAGAACUGGAGGCUGGGAGCAGCAGCCCAGUAAGAGCAUUCCUGUCCUCAAACUUGGAGGCUGCGAGAGGCGUCGCCACGCAGGCUGGUGGCUUUCUGUCCUCCAGGCUUUCCAGCUUCACUGGUGGGGAUGAUGUCACAAACCAGGUAACAGAUGCCUCCUUACCUUCUAGAAUGAACAAUACUAGGCCCCCAGCAAGCCCUGAAGUUACCUGGGAUAGAGCCACCAAAGCUAGGAUAAGGAAUAUAGUUGAAAGAAUGAAUCAGGUUGCUUAUUGUAUGAGUGAAACCAUCCAGCUCUCAAAGUUGGUGAAUGGUGGUCUCAACCAUACUCAAAGCAUCAACAGAGGUGCAACAAGCUCGCUAAUCAGAACCAAAGUGUUUGGCCGAGCUGCUGAGUUAGAGAAGGUAAGACUUCUGUUAAAAUCUGAAGAUGAAAGAGUCUCUGUGCUCCCCGUGGUUGGCCCAGGUGGAAUUGGGAAGACUACUCUUGCUCAACUUGUGUAUAAUGAUCCGGACAUAGUAGACCAUUUCGAGUUAAGGAUGUGGGUUCAUGUCUCUGAUAACUUCGAUGAGACUAAGCUUACAAGAGAGAUCUUAGAAUCUGUUUCUGGGGACAAGCGCGAAUACAAGGGUGUUACAAAUUUCAACAGUCUUCAAAUGAGAGUCAUGGAGAAGCUAAUAUUGAAAAGGUUUCUACUCGUUUUAGAUGAUGUGUGGAAUGAUGAGAGGAGCAGCAGGUUGGUGGAGGAGGAGAGAUGGGAGAGAUUUUUGUCUCCUUUGAAGGCAGGGAAGAAGGGUAGCAAGAUCUUGAUAACAUCAAGAUUGGCAACAGUGGCAGAGAUGGUGGGCACGAUGGACUCGAUAAAUUUGGCUGGUUUGAGAGAUCAUGAUUGCUGGUCCUUGAUCGAGGAAUGCACAUUUGAUGGCGUGCAUCCUGACAAACACUCAAAGUUGCACAAUAUCGGGAGGAAAAUAGCCAAGAAGCUGAAAGGUUUACCUUCAGCAGCAAAGGCAGUUGCAGGGCUGUUAAAGAAUAAGCUGGAUGCUGAUGAAUGGAACAAAGUGUUGGAAAGAAAUGACAUAUGGAAUGAUAUCAUGCCAGUUCUGGAAUUCAGUUAUCAACACCUACCUGCUCGCUUGCAGCGGUGCUUUGCAUAUUGUAGCAUAUUUCCCAAAGAUUGGAAGUUCAAAGCUGACGAGUUGGUUCACCUCUGGAUGGCACAAGGUUACAUCCAACCACAAAACAAAAAAAUAAUGGAGGAUAUAGGAAGAGACUACAUGAAUGAUUUAUUGUGCAGGUCAUUCUUUGACAGGCAUAAGGAUGGUUCUAUCACAUACUACGUUAUGCAUGGUCUGUUGCAUGAUUUAGCAGAAACUGUUUCCCUGGAUGAAUGCCUUAGAAUUGAAGACGAUGAACCCACAAAUGCACCACUUAACAUCCGCCAUCUAUCUGUUCGGACUGAAACUCUUGCCAAUAUAAAAGAGGUAUGCCAACUUAGGAACCUGCGCACUCUAAUGUUGUCUGGGAGAAACCAGUCUGUUAUUGAUCAUCCUGUACUCGAAGAUGUGUUUAAAGAUUUCACCUGUAUCCGCACACUGGAUUUAUCUUUUCGUAAGAUGGAGAAACUGCCAGAGGCUAUAGGUCAUCUUAUACAUCUGCGCUACCUGAAUCUGUCAUCCACUUCUAUAAGAGUAUUGCCUGAGUCAUUAUGUAGGCUAUAUAAUCUACAAGUGCUGAAUCUAUGGGGCUGUAGGCUUGAAGGUUUACCAUCGGGCAUGAACAAAUUGAUCAAUUUGCGUCAUCUUACUGCAGCCCAUCAGAUAGUAACCACCAUAGCUGGUAUUGGGAGACUAACCUGCCUUCAACGACUACAAGUAUUUAGAGUCAGAAGGGAAGUGGGAUAUGAUAUAGGACAGCUAAAGCACUUGAAGGAGCUUCGAGGACUGCUUCAAAUUAGGAAUCUUGAGAAUGUGGAGACUGAAAAUGAGGCGAGUGAGGCCAUGUUGGAAGUCAAAGAGCACCUCAGUAUGUUGCAGUUAGUAUGGGAUUCUUCUCAAAGGAAUGGAGGGGCAGAAAUGGAGGUGCAAGUAAUUGAAAGCCUCCAGCCACAUCCAAAUCUCAAGAGGCUGGAGAUAAGGGGUUGCAGAGUUGCCAGAUCCCCUAGUUGGUUGGAGACUGAAUUGCUCUACAAUCUUGAAUUCAUUUGUCUCAGUGGUUGCAGGUUCUGGGAAAGCCUCCCGCCUCUUGGGAAGCUGCCGUCACUCAAGGUUCUCUGGUUACAGGGAAUGCAUGCAGUGAAGCGAGUUGGUCCUGAGCUUGAGGGCAAUGGUGAUAAGGUGUUUCCAUGCCUGGAGGAGCUGGUGCUUGAUGACCUGCCAGAGUUGGAAGUGUGGUCCGGAGACGAGCAAUUGUUUUUUAGCCUCCACAGUGUCGUGGUUAAGGAUUGCAUCAAGUUGAAGAGCUUACCUCCCUUUCCAUCUAACAUAACAGAACUAACCAUAUCAAAUAGGGGAUUCUGGAUACCAUAUUAUGAUGACGCUAUGAUGGCACAAAUCUUGUCAGCAGUUUCAUCACUAUGUAUCUAUAACUGCCCCAUGCUCACUGCUGGAUUCUCUGCACUCUUGAAGGAGGAAACUGUGGCAAGUUUUUUGCCAUUCCGAAGCCUCAACAUGCUGAGGAGUUUUUCUUCACUCCGAAGCCUCAACAUUGGUGACAUCUCCCUACUAACAGUGCCACUUGUCAGGAAAAGCCUUUGGUCCUUACAGAAUUUAGAUAUCCAGGAUUGCCAUGAGACUACGUCCUUCACUACUGAGCAGCAGGAGGUGUUUCAGCAGCUCACCUCCCUUCAGAGCCUCUGCAUCAGUAAUUGUGCCAAUCUCCAGUUCCUGCCAGAGGACCUGAAGAGUAUUUCCUCCCUACAGCAGUUGUUCCUGUGGAACUGCCCUAGUAUCCGGUCAAUGCCUGAGAAUGGCCUGCCAAUUUCGCUUAAAGUACUGGAAAUUGAAUCCUGUCAUCCCCUGCUUAAGGAGCGGUGCCAGAAGGAGCAGGGCAUAGAUUGGCAAAGGAUCGCUCACAUAUCUCACAUUGAGAUUGAUGGUGAAAUUCUAUAGGAAAAAUGUGCUGCUUCUUUACUCUUUUUCUGGUUAAGCUUACCUGCUUCUCCAUUGAAGUCCUAUAGGACUGCCACCAGGCUGUCAACUACCUCUCUGCCAGCAACAUAUCCUCCAACGGUCUCUUCACAGCCAUUGGUGGCGACGUUGACCUCCAGACCAAGCUCCAGGACCUCGUCAACCACCCCGACGUGCCUUGGGCCUUUGUGAUCUUUUGGCAGAUCUCACGAUCCAAGUCUGGCGACCUCAUCCUCAGUGGGGAAAUGAUGGGCGAGGGUGGUGAAUGCAGCCAUCAAGGCCACCACAAGGAUGGGGAGGGGGCGGUGGUGGGGAGGGAGAAGGGAGACAAAGGUGAGUUCUCUGGAUUUGAUUGCUUAUAUCCAAGUUCUCUACGAGGGCCAUGAGAGACCAGGCCAUCUCUCACUCUUUUACUCCCUGUUCUUCUUCUUUACAACAUUCAGAUUUGAUUGCUUAUAUUCGAUUCUCAUGAU